UUACGUUCACCUUCAUCAAUUCACUCACCAUCAUGGCUCAUAUUUCUCUAGCCAUCAUCAUUUCUCUUUCUUUUUUUUCUCUUGCAUUUUCCUUAGACAUGUCCAUCAUCGAUUACGAUGCAAAACUCGAGGCUUCCAAACCAAAUAUUCACCUCAUGAGAGUCUAUGAAUCGUGGUUGGUGAAACACGGUAAGGUUUACAAUGCAUUAGGUGAGAAAGAAAGUAGAUUCGAAAUCUUCAAAGAUAACCUACGGUUUAUCGUAACUCACAACAACAUGGAGGGUCAAAGUUACAAGCUUGGUCUCACGAAGUUUGCCGAUCUCACAAAUGAGGAAUAUCGUUCCAUGUUUUUGGGUACAAAAAGUAGAAAAUCCAAAGGGUUGUUAUCUGGUUCAAAGAAGAGUAAUCGUUAUGCUUUUCGUGAUAAUGAUGAAUUACCAGAAUCUGUUGAUUGGAGAGAGAAAGGUGCUGUUAAUCAGGUCAAAGAUCAAGGCCAAUGUGGGAGUUGUUGGGCCUUCUCGACUGUUGGUGCGGUGGAAGGGAUCAACCAAAUUGUAACUGGUGAUCUCGUAUCUUUAUCUGAACAAGAAUUGGUGGAUUGUGAUAAAACUUAUAACAUGGGGUGUAAUGGUGGUCUCAUGGAUAAUGCUUUUGAAUUUAUAAUGCAAAAUGGCGGCAUUGAUACCGAAGAGGAUUAUCCUUAUCGUGCUAAGGAAAACACAUGUGAUAUAAAUAGGAAAAAUGCUCGUGUGGUAUCUAUUGAUGGAUAUGAAGAUGUGCCUGAAAAUGAUGAGAAAUCUUUGAAGAAAGCUGCUGCACAUCAACCUAUUAGUGUUGCCAUUGAAGCUGGUGGCAGGGCAUUUCAACUUUACCAAUCUGGUGUUUUUACUGGCAUUUGUGGAACUGAACUUGAUCACGGUGUUGUGUUGGUUGGAUAUGGAACUGAUAACGGUACCGAUUAUUGGAUUGUGAGAAACUCAUGGGGUCCAUCAUGGGGUGAAAAUGGUUACAUUAGGUUGGAGAGAAAUGUUUUAACAACUAAUAAUACUGGUAAGUGUGGAAUCGCAAUGAUGGCAUCUUAUCCUACCAAGAAGGGUUUGAACCCUCCCAAUCCUGGUCCUACUCCUCCAUCACCCGCAUCACCAGCAAAGCCUUCAACUGUAUGUGAUGAAUAUUACUCUUGCUCAACUGGAACCACAUGUUGUUGCCUUUUUGAGUAUGGAAACUUUUGCUUUGCAUGGGGAUGUUGCCCUACCGAGUCUGCAACUUGUUGCGAUGAUGGUUCAAGUUGUUGCCCUCAUGAUUACCCCGUCUGUGAUUCUCAAGCCGGAACUUGUCGAUUGAGUAAAGAAAAUCCAUUUGGAGUGAAAGCUUUGAAAAGAAUGCCUGCUACAAGAACUUUGAGUUAGAAUUAAAGAAAAGUUUCCAUGAAAGGAAAAAAUUAGUGAGAAAACGUGUUAGAAAAUACGCACAAGUUAAUAAUAUAUUAUGUAUAUAUACAACCAAAUAACAUUUUUCAUAUUUUCAUUA